GAAAAGGGGGGAAGCAGAGGUAACAGGUCAACACACUUGUUGACUCGGGAUGCAAGUCCAGCCUCUCCCUACUUAUCCGUCACAACUGGGUCACGAGGUCCGCCGCUGCGAUCAAAAAGACGACCGGAAGAAGGGAGGUUGCAGGAAGCUUGGCCAUGAAUUUGCGUGUGCCGUUGCUGUUGCUCCUCCUACUCCUAUUCCUGCCGCCGCAGCCAUCGUCGUCGUCGUCGGAUCUUAAUCCAAACGUGUUCGAGGCGGAUGCGAGCAACUGUACAAACAUUCCCUACCCUUUCGGCGUCCGAAACCUGUCUUCCUUCAUCCCCGGUUUCGAGAUCGACUGCAACGUCCGCGGCGGCCUUCCCACUCUGUCGAUCGGCACCAAGAAGCUACAACUCCUGAACAUAUCGGUGCAAGAAGGCUACGUGCGCGGCUUGCUCAGUCCGCUCGCCUUUGGGUACUGUAGCAGGGGACUUGCAGCCCCAACCACCGGGAUCAGCCUGGAAGGCACUCCCUUCAGCUUCUCCGACACCAGGAACAAGUACACGGUGAUCGGCUGCGACGCCAUGGUCGUCUUCCAGGGCCCCGGCGGUUCCCACGCUCACAACGACAUCAGGGGAUGCGUGGCGUUCUGCGCCUCCCCGUUCACCCAGCAGAGCAUGGUGAACGGCUAUUGCUCCGGCAUCGGCUGCUGUCAGGCCGCCGUCCCCCGCGGUCUCAAGAGCUUCAACGCCAGCCACAGCAGCAUCAGGAACCUCACCCACUGUCACGUCGACAACAGUACCUGCAGCGAGGUGUUCUUGGUCGACCAGAACGACUUCACCUUCUCUGCGAGAGACGUCAACACGAUCACCGGUUCCACGACGCGGCCGGUUGUCCUGGACUGGGCGAUAGGGAACGAGACGUGCGACGAGGUCAAGCACAGGAACAAGUCGGAACUCGCUUGCGGGCACAACAGCGACUGCUACGACUCCCCAAACGGAGGCUACCGCUGCAACUGCUCUCAAGGCUACGCCGGGAACCCAUACCUAUCAACUACACAAGGAUGCACAGAUAUCGACGAGUGUAGCUACCCACACUCGAACCCUUGCGUGUGGAAAUGCAUCAACAUGCGAGGGAGCUUCCACUGCCCUUGUCCUCCGGGAAGCAGUGGAGAUGGCAAACAUGGAGGAUCCGGUUGCCAAAGGGACACGUUCCUUGAGAUUGGUUUAGGAGUUGGGCUGUCCCUUUUGGUCAUGAUCGUAGGAGGAGGCACCUGGGUAUACUUCGGACUGCAGAGGAGAAGGCUCACCAAGGUCAAGCAACAGCACUUCCUGCAGAACGGAGGCUUGUUACUGCAGCAGCAUGUCUCUUCGAGGGAGUUCAGCGCCAGAAUCUUCACGAUCGAGGAACUGGAAAGGGCGACCGACAACUUCGACGAGGUUAAUGUGGUCGGCCGUGGAGGACACGGGACGGUGUACAGAGGCGUCCUACCGGAUCAGCAGGUGGUGGCCAUCAAGAGGUCAAAGUUCAUGGACGAGAGCCAGAUCGAACACUUCAUAAACGAGGUGGCGAUCCUCUUCAGAAUCCGCCACAGGAACGUGGUUCGUCUGCUCGGUUGCUGCCUGGAAACUCAGAUCCCGCUGCUGGUUUACGAGUUCGUGUCGAACGGAAGUCUGUUCCAACAUCUCCACGAGAGCGGCGGCGCUCCUCCCCUGUCGUGGGAGACCCGUCUGAGGAUUGCCGCGGAAACUGCAGGAGCGCUCGCCUUCUUGCACUGCAAGCCUUCCGCUCCGGUCAUCCACCGGGACGUCAAGUCCGCCAACAUACUUUUGGAUGAGAAUUACACGGCGAAGGUAUCGGAUUUCGGGGCUUCCCGAUUGGUUCCGCUCAACCAAACUCAUGUGACGACGCUCGUCCAGGGAACGCUCGGGUACUUGGAUCCCGAGUACUUCCACACCAGCCAGCUGACGGAGAAGAGCGACGUGUAUAGCUUCGGGGUGGUUCUGCUGGAGCUGCUGACUUCGGAGAAGCCGAUAUCGUUUUGCAGAUCGGAGACGGCGAGGAACCUGGUGGCACAUUUCUACACGUACCUGAAGGAGAACAACCUUCUUAAUCUGGUGGAUGCGAGGCUGGUGGAGGAGGCCGGGGCGAUGCAGUUGCUGGCGAUAGCUCAGGUCGCGAAGACUUGCGUGGCCCUGGAAUCGUCUGAGAGGCCGACCAUGAAGGAGUUGGCGGUGGAGCUCAGCGCACUGAGCAGGCUCAUGAAGCGGCACGCGGAGUUGCGGCGUCCUCAGGAGGAGGAAGACGGCUCUUCACAAAGAUUGGCGCCCCAUGGAAGCGGGAACGAUGUCGGACGAGACGACGACGCGGAAAUGCAUCUGUUGUGGCAAGACGACGAUGGAUCAUCCAAAAGCAGAGGAAAUCCACCUCUGUGAUUGCUUAACGGAGACAUAAUCCUGCAACCACGGAGACAUAAUUCUCUCUCCCCCCUCAGAGAAUCAAUCAUCUUUACUGUACUUUGGGGACAAAUAAAGAAUCAAUUCUACAUCGAUUGAAA